AUGGAGUCGCCUCGCUCUCGGCUUAAAUCCGCUUUAGAGAGAUAAAACACCGCUGGUCGUUUCAUGGCGUUUGGCAGGCUGAUUUAUUUUGUGGGUCUUUCCACAUUUGUUUUAUAAACAGAUUUCAACUGCAGAAACCGCACCGCUGCUCGCAAACUAUGGACGAAGAGAUGACAAAAAGCGAAGAGCAGCAUCUUACUUUGCAAAAAGCCUUGCAGCAGUGCGAGUUGGUGCAGAAUAUGAUCGACAUCAGCAUUUCCAGUUUGGAAGGUUUACGAACCAAAUGUGCCACAUCCAACGACUUGACACAACAGGAGAUCCGGACGCUAGAGGGGAAGCUGGUGAAGUACUUCAGCCGCCAGCUGUCCUGUAAGAGUAAAGUGGCCUUAGAGGAGCGCAGUGAGGAGCUGGACUGCUUCCCGCGCCUCGGACACUGGUUCCGGAUCGUCAACAUCAGGAAGGAGAUCACACAGGAGAUGAGUCCAUGUGAGGUGACCCUGGAAGGUCUGCUGGGGCUGUCUGAGGAAGAGGUGUGUGAGGCCCUGCAGAAGUUUGGUGCCAACGAAGAGGAGUGUGCUCGGCUCAACGCCUCCCUGUCCUGCCUGAGGAAGGCCCACCAGACAGGAGGGAAUGUCGCCAAGCAGGACUGGUCCAUCCAGUGGCCCACCUCCGAGUCGGGCAAGGAGAACUCCCCGGUGUGCCAGCCGGAGCUGAGCCAGUGGAUCCGCUUCCAGCUGUCCCAGAGCCCCAAGGUGCAGUCCAAGUACAACCAGCACGUGUGCCAGAGCCCCCAGGGCCCGGGGCCGUCUCUGUACUCGGACCGGCUGACGGUGGACAGCCCCGUCCUGGGCCUCUUCCCGUCCCUGGACUGCGGCAACCGCUCCUUGCCCCCGUCGCCCCGCCAGAGGCACUUUUGUCACACGCCUCCCCGGACUCCCCUGGUGGUCAACACCAUGACCCCGCCCGGCACGCCCCCCAUGCGGCGCCGCAACAAGGUGAAGGCUCCCGGGACGCCCCCUCCACCCAGCCGCAAGCUCAUCCACCUGCUGCCCGGCUUCACCGCGCUGCACCGCAGCAAGUCCCACGAGUUCCAGCUGGGAAACCGCCUGGAAGACACCCAGACGCCAAAAGCCAAGAAGAAGGCCAAGCCGCUGAACCUCAAGAUCUCCAGCGGCGUGGGCAGCUGUGAGAACCUGCCGUCCCAGCGCUCGCCCCUGCACAGCGACCGCUCCCUGCGCUCCUUCUUCUUCCCCUCCUUCAUCCCCUCCACACCCCCCGUCCACGCCGCCGAAACGCCCUCCGGUAACACGCUCUCAGUGCCUCGCUGGUCUCCGCAGAUUCCCAGGAGAGACUUUGGAAACUCAAUAAAACACAGGUUUUCCACCAAGUACUGGAUGUCACAGACAUGUAUCGUUUGUGGGAAGGGAAUGCUGUUUGGACUCAAAUGUAAAAACUGCAAGUUGAAGUGCCACAACAAAUGCACCAAAGAAGCCCCACCUUGUCACCUGCUGAUCAUUCAGAGGGGCGGCCCUGACUCGCUCAAAGCUCGACUGGUACGGACAGAAUCGGUGCCAUGUGACAUCAACAACCCGCUCAGGUACACGGACCUGCACAUCAGUCAGACCCUGCCCAAAACCAACAAGAUCAACAAGGACCACAUUCCAGUACCUUAUCAACCAGAUUCCAGCAGCAAUCCCUCCUCCACCACCUCGUCCACACCUUCCUCCCCGGCCCCGCCCCUACCCAGUAGUGCCACACCCCCUUCUCCCCUGCACCCCUCUCCUCAGUCGGCACGGCAACAGAAACAGUUCAACCUGACAGCCUCCAGUUAUUUUAAAUACAAGCAGCAGUUCAUCUUUCCAGACGUGGCCCUUGAGGCCCCGCCCAGCAGAGCCCCGCAGGUCAUCCUCCAUCCGGUCCUGUCUGAGCACGGGAACGAGGGGAAUCCGUUACUUCAGAUCGAAGUCGAGCCGACGUCAGAUAACGAGGAGGCCAACGACGAGGACUCGGGCGACGAGUUCGAGGAGAUGAACCUGUCACUGCUGUCGGCCCGCAACUUCCCGCGCAAGGCCAGCCAGACCAGCAUCUUCCUGCAGGAGUGGGACAUCCCCUUUGAGCAGCUGGAGAUCGGCGAGAUGAUCGGCAAGGGCCGCUUCGGCCAGGUGUUCCACGGGCGCUGGCACGGCGAGGUGGCCCUGCGCCUCAUCGACAUCGAGCGCGACAACGAGGACCAGCUGCGGGCCUUCAAACGGGAGGUGAUGGGCUACCGCAACACGCGGCACGAGAACGUGGUGCUGUUCAUGGGCGCCUGCAUGAGCCCACCCCACCUGGCCAUCAUCACCAGUCUGUGUAAAGGCCGUACGCUGUAUUCGGUGGUGCGGGAUGCCAAGGUGGUGCUGGACUUCAACAAGACACGCCAGAUAGCCCAGGAGAUGGUGAAGGGAAUGGGCUACCUCCAUGCCAAGGGGAUCCUACACAAAGAUAUGAAGUCCAAAAAUGUGUUUUACGACAACGGCAAAGUAGUCAUCACUGACUUUGGACUCUUUACCAUAUCCGGUGUUCUCCAGGCGGGCAGACGUGAGGACAAGCUGAGGAUCCCCAGCGGUUGGUUGUGUCACCUGGCCCCGGAAAUCAUCUGUCAGCUCUCGCCCGACACAGAGGAAGACAAGCUGCCCUUUUCUAAACAGUCGGAUGUCUUUGCUUUUGGCACUAUUUGGUACGAGCUGCAUGCACGGGAGUGGCCUUACAAGAGUCAGCCUGCGGAGGUGAUCAUGUGGCAGGUCGGCACCGGCCAGAAGCCCAACCUCACCCAGAUCGGCAUGGGAAAAGAGAUCUCAGACAUCGUGCUCCUCUGCUGGGCGUCCCAGCAGGAGGAGCGGCCCAGCUUCUCCAAGCUGGUCGACCUACUGGAGAAGCUGCCAAAGCGGAACCGGCGUCUAUCCCAUCCAGGCCACUUCUGGAAGUCAGCUGAGUAUGUCAAAUGAGCUAUAGGGACACAGACUUAAAACAACAACAACAACAACAACAACAACAAAACAAUCUGCUGCGACACGCAUCCUAAAUGUAGAGCCUGCCACCUAAAGAGGGCACCCAUUCGCCCACUGGGGGAACCGUCCCCGGGCAUAUUCAUGCGUGUGGUGGGGGCACACUGACGGCCCAACCUGUUUCAAAAAGCAUUAGGGACAUUUUUACCUUUCACAUCAUAAUCGUAGGGUGGUGUCCUUUGUCCUUUCAUGAGGAUUUAAUAUGAAUGAUAUUUUCUUGAUGUAUUCUUGUUUGGUGUGUUUUCUUUGUUAUCACUCUUCAUAUCACUGUGUCUGAGAACAAAUGGAGGGACUUAUUUUCGGUUGUGUUUUGUUUUGGUUGUUUGUGGAAUGCCUGUUGUUGUGGUCCAUCGUUUGUGUGUUUUUAUUCGUCCAAAUGUCCUCAUUAAUUCUGUGUGCCAUCUCAUCGAACGGCACGGUUGUGUCCAAAUGGCAUGUUUGUCUCAAACGCUACAAAACGCGACAAAUGCCCACUUAUACCUUGAAUGUGACGACCUCCUCUCAGUUCCCGAGGUAGGGGUCAAGAUACAGCGAUACCCCAGGCUUUCCUCCAAGCGGCCUGUGCUUUAAUCGUGGCUUGUGAAUGUCGGCAUUAAGAUAACAGCCUUGGGAACCAGCCCAACAUUGGCCUACUCUUUUGCUACUUGCCAUAACUUUGGCUGCUCUGUGAGUUCAGAGUGAACCUAUAUCUGUUGUCUAACAGGGAACCCAAGAGAAGGGGACCCGACUGAACCCCCACUGGAAAUUAUUGCAGAGAUAAUUGCAGCAAACA